UUCAUCUCCUCUCCUCUCCCCAUCCCCCACCAGCACAGCAUGUCAGCACACGACCCAGAAAGCCCGUCCACCAUGCUCCUCAGAGAGCUACAGGGAGACCCUCCCCAUGCCACCAGCGACUUGGAAGAAGCCGAAGAAUCACAGUCACGCCCUCCCUCGCAUAUACUGGAGCUGGAAGGUCAAGGAUCUGGGUCCACACCGAGGGUAUCACUAAGCAGACGCAGUCCGACUCAUAUCCUCGACGAUGGCUCGGAUGACGACGACGGUGGCAACCCGCCGCAAUCACUGAUCUUAGGCGAUCAGGGUGUUCAGCGGGCUCGGGAUCACAGGGACGUGUCAAGAGACACAGAAGUGACAGAUACCAAGAAAGGGGGGUCUAUGCCGCUACCUGAGGCCUACUCUGAUAGUCGAGGUCACCCACUACCUUCAUCGUCUUCCAAUCAACACCUGGCAAGGCCGACAAGCACAGGGCCUUUUGUAGAGGCUUCCGGCAGCUCCAGGAGUACCAGCUUCGGAGACGGCGCUGAGUCAUUGUCUAUCAAUGCAUCUGGGCCGGAUACAAAAGCAUCAUCUAUGGGGGCGCCGCAUAUAGGACUCCCAGCUUCAGGGCGGGGGAUCCAACGGCCCCUCUUCCGAGAAGUUACCCUCCCCCAGCCAUCGUCGCCUCAACGCCCUUCAUGGCCAGGAUCUCCAUCACAGAGAGUCAAUGGUUAUCUUGACCCGAAUAUCCCUCCUCCAUUGACAUCGAAAAGUAAAGGGAAGGGGAAAGAGAGGGUCAGGAACAAGGGCGGUCGAAGAUACCAGUCAGUCGGCACAGAAGAUCUGGAGGAUGGGAAUAGAAGAAAGACCCCCAAGAGCGGCUUGGAUGAGUACGAGAAGGCGCUCUGGAAGUGGGUCAACGUUGAAGACUUGGACGGCUUCUUGCAAGAGGUGUACGAGUACUACAAAGGCAAGGGAAUCUACUGCAUUGCCUUGUCAAGAGUGCUCAAUCUCUUGACGACAUUCUUUGUUAUUGCCUUCUCUACUUUCCUGAUUUCUUGCAUCGACUAUUCCAAGCUUGCGUCCGGUGAUGACACGGUCAAUCGACUUGACGACGUCCUUGUGGGACAGUGUCUAACGAGGGGGUCUUUCACCCAUAUGUUGUUUAUCGUCAUACUCUCAGUAUUCUUCAUUUUCCAGGCUGUCAGCUUUGCCCUAUCCCUGCCCCGCUUACUAGAGAUGUAUCGUUUUUACACGCAUCUCCUUCGUAUACCAGACGCCGACAUACAGACUUUACCAUGGCCUGAGAUCGUGCGACUCGUGGGUGAGAUCAGGAAACACAACCCGAUCACAUCUAUAUCCAACGGGCAAGCAUCUGCACUCGCAGACAUGAUAGGCGACAACACUACGGGUGCUGUCAAAAAGCUUGAUGCGCAUGAUGUUGCCAAUCGCAUUCUUCGACAAGAGAACUACCUCAUAGCCCUGUUCAACAAGGAUCUUUUGGAUCUCAAAGUCCGGAUACCUGUACCUCACGCUCUGGACAACAUGUUUCCAUCAACUCUCCUCACCACCUCUGCCGACCCUACCCUCCCUGAAUACCUGAAUGCGCCCAGAAGGAAGUAUCUCAGCUUUGGCGCCAAUCAUUUGACGAAGGCGCUAGAGUGGAACCUCAGGUUCUGCCUACUAGGAUAUCUGUUUGACUGGCGAGGCCAAGUUCGGAAAGAGUUUGUGAGAGAAAAGAGACGACAGGAUCUUGUACAAGGGUUGAGGCGAAGGCUUGUGUUUAUGGGGAUAUUGAAUGGGCUUUUUGCUCCUUUCAUCAUCGUCUAUCUUUUGAUGUAUUCCUUCUUCCGCUACUUUGAGGAAUACCACAAGAACCCAUCUUCCAUUGGCAGUCGCCAAUACACCCCUUAUGCUCAGUGGAAAUUCAGAGAAUUCAACGAGCUGCCCCAUCUGUUUGAAAGACGCCUGGACCGAAGCUAUGUCACUGCCAAGGAAUAUGUCGAUCAAUUUCCCAAGGAGAAGACCGCUCUUCUGAUGAGGUUUGUGGCCUUCGUCGCGGGCUCCUUCGCGGCUGUUCUUCUUGCUGCGACCCUGUUGAAUCCCGACCUGUUCUUGCACUUUGAAAUCACUCCGCGUCGCACCGUACUAUUCUUCCUCGGUGUUUUUGGUUCAGUGCUGGCCGUUGCCAGGUCAAUGGUCCCGGAAGAGAAUAUGGUCUUUGACCCCGAGGCGAGCUUGAAGGAGGUCGUCAAGUGGACCCACUACUUGCCGGAAGAGUGGAGAGGACGGUUGCACAGCGAAAAGGUCCAUCAAGAAUUUGGCAAACUGUUUGCUCUCAAAAUCACGAUAUUCUUUGACGAACUUCUCUCGGUCAUCCUCACCCCCUUCGUUCUAUUCUUCUCUUUACCGCCAUGUGCUUCCGAGAUUAUCGACUUUUUCCGCGAAUUCACUGUCCACGUAGACGGCGUGGGCUACGUCUGCUCCUUUGCUGUGUUUGAUUUCUCACGGCAAGGGAACGUCGAUCUGGAAGCAGAAGACCUGCACAGGCCAGAAACGGGAGCCGAUCGAAUGGGGCUUCAAGCGCAAAACACCAUACCUUCCGCUCCAUUGUCUCCAAGGCUUAGCAACAGGGGACAGGGGAACAGAACCCGCGACCGCAGUAGCAAUGAGAUCAAGAUGGAGAAGUCCUUCCUUCAUUUCAGGGCUACCCAUCCCGACUGGCAGCCUUCAGACCCAAAUCCCUCUGUGUUUCUCGACAAGCUCGCUCACAUUCGCAACCGUCAUCUCUCGCCGGGAGCUUCAGCACCCAUGGGCGCGGGGCCAGGAGGAUCAUUCUACGCCGGAGGCAGAGGCUUGGGUAUCGAUGGCUCAGUGAUGGGCGAUAUGGAUGAGGCACAACUUAGAGCAAAGAGUCAGGCAUAUGAGCGCGCCUGGACCAGGAGCUCGAACCUCCAUCAACAGGCCGUGCCCUCGCCCAGCAAUGUACGAGGGCGAGCGAUCGAGGAGGGGGUUGAGCAGGGAGGUGAUUCAAUCGAAGGCUGGACACAAGGCCAUCAGGCGUUGAGUGGGUCUGUUGAGGCUGAAGAAGACGCUUCUCCAUGGAGAGAUGAGGGAGUUGUCGGUAUGUUACAGCAGGUUCUGGGAAGAUGAUGUUUCAUUGUAUCGGAUUUGUUGGAGUUGUCAUGUUAAUGUAUCAUAAUGGUAUUA